AGUCUUGUCAUCAAAAGCAACUGAACAAAAAAAAAAUUGAGAGAAACGUUUCUGCUCUACAGAGCUGAAGUUCAGGAUGCAGCUGUAUGGAACUCUUGUCCUAAUUUUAACUUUCUCUACUGCAUGUGGAUUGAGAUGCUACUCGUGUAGCACAGUUGAGUCAUGCACAGAUAUCCAAACCUGUCCUGAGCAAUUUAACCGAUGUUUUUCUGUCAAGAUACAAGGAUUGGUUACCAAAAGCUGCAUGGCCAGUGUAGCAUGCAUUGGUGCCAUGAACUGCUGUGAAGGGGACCUGUGCAAUGGAGCCAUACAAACCGGGCCCGGUCUCAUCCUGCUGCUUCUGUCUUCAGCCCUGAUGAUGCUCUUUGUUUAAGGCUUCAUUUUAUUUUGUUUGUUUUUUGGUGUUGUUUAUUUGCUAUUGUUUGAACUCUUGGCAGCUAAGCUGCAGGAAGCCAGUACGGAAUUGUGGUAUUUUUAUUCAUCAUGUAAUCUUAAUCAGUAAGAAUAUGUAAGCCACAAAUUAAUAAAUUGUUUACUCAACAA